ACGAGGAGGGAGGGGAUAUUUUAAUGGCCGCCAGUAGCACUACAGAAUGCAAAAAGUCCGGAUUAUACGCUGUAUUUACACUGCAGUAGUAACGAGAGCCUUUCAGUCGCGUUUUCUUUGAAGUGAGAAUUAUUCUGGAUGUGUAUUCGGGUUGAAGAUGUGUUUCUGGAGCCGAUUCUGUCGCGCUUAAAGGACUUUACCCGCUUGAUUUGUGCGCGACUGGGAGAUCAGGCCUAGCCGGCUGGCUAACAAACAAGCGGACGUUUAGCUAGUCGCCAGAGUUGAAAGGGAAUAUGUAACAGAAGAGAAUCCAUCAUGACAUCCAGAUUCGGUAAAACAUACAAUCGCAAGGGAGGGGAGGCCAACUCGAAGUUUGAAGAGGUCUUCUCCAAUAAAAAGCCCACGCUGACCACCAAGUGGGGAGAGACCACCUACAAGGCCCAGUUGGGGGCCAAAAGGCCCCUGUUAAAGCCUGAUGUGUCUGAGCUUCCCAAGAGGCCAAGGCUUGAGGACAGUGACAGUGAAGAUGAUCCUUUUGGAUUUGAUAGUGAUGAAGAGGCCAAGACUGAGACCUCUCCCUGUGUGCAGCAGCCUGAAGUCACUGCAGGGGCUGUGGCAAAGAAGGCAGCUGUCCAGGCUGGUGUAACAGUUGUUACUUCUUCACAGGGAUCUGCAAGCUCAGCAGCCAUGUUAACAAGCAAGCACACAGCUGAUGUGACGGUUGUUAAAAAUAACCAGCCCUGGUACAAAAGUACAUCAGAUAGCAACCAAAAACCUGCAUGCAUGGCUUCUUUGUCAAAUACAGUCCCUUCCAAUGAUCACAACUUCUCAGCAUCACAGCAGCCCAUUUCCUCCUAUCCUAAUAUAGACACUACCCUAAAACUGGCCACUGAUGCACCAGGUGGUAGCAGAGACUGCCAAAUGUCUUCCUCAUAUGACGGACUGCCAUCAGAGGAAACAAAAAGUGCUGAGCAAGAGCCUCCACCAGAACCAGUGGACAACAUUCCCCCCUCCCCGUUUACUCUAAGGGCCUCAAACUGCAAAAAGUACCAGCGGCCCGACAGGUUGAACAAAUCUUCUGGAUCGGCUGAAAGCAACAGCAAUGAGCUUGCAGGAAUGACGAGUGCCCAGGAGAAACCAAACAGUGUCCUUUCUGGUGGUGCAAGUUGUACUGCUGCCAAUGCUAAACCAGCAGCCAAGCCUGCAGGCAGGGGUGGUGGGAGAGUACGGGACUACACGGUACUGCAUCCUUCCUGUCUCUCUGUGUGCAAUGUCACCAUCCAGGAUUCAAUAGAGAGGAGUAUUGAUGAACUGGUUGCUCCGGCUGUCCCUGCUGACCUUGGAGAAGCAGGCCAGAUGAAGAAGAAGACAGACGUGCCACCACCAAAACCUACCAGGUUCAGACCCACCCAGACAAAGACUAAGAAGACCAAGACUGAGACCAAGCUAGAGUUUUUUGGUUUUGAGGACAAAGAGGACCAGUCAACUGAGGAGGGUGCUGAUGGAGGCAUGGCAGGCAAGAGCAGUUACAAGAUCAAGUACUUCGGCUUUGACGAUCUGAGUGAGAGUGACAGCGAUGACGAGAGCUCUCAGGCCAAAGAGAAGAAGGCAAAGAAAGCUGCUGCUGCCUUAGCAAUGCUGAGCUCUGGUGUGGACAGCCCUCAUACCAGCGACUCUCAGGAUAGCCAGGCCAGCAGCAACACAGAUGCCUUCGAUUUCUCUGAUGACUCCAGUCCUGGUGGCACUGAUGGACAAAAAGGACGCUCAGGGAAACCAGGAGACAAAUCCAAGGACAGUGGCAGUGGUCUCAAAAAGAUCUUCAGUGGACCCAAAAAGUCCCCUGCUAAAGCUGUGUACAACGCUCGCCACUGGAACCAACCUGAGCCUGAAGAGGUACCUGUACCUCCACUUUCUCGAUCUCAAACUGCUCCGGCCAUUUUAUCGAGCAGCAGCAAAGACAGCAACUCCCAUAAAGAUGACGGCGUGUUCAAAGCCCCUCCACCGCCGCCUAAAGUCAUAAAGUCUGAGACCAUCCCCACGCGACCCAACCAGGAUAUUGUCACGGCUCUCAAAUGCAGAAAGGAGCACAAAGAGCUGUACACAGUGGUGCAACAUGUGAAGCACUUCAACGAUGUGGUGGAGUUCGGAGAAAAUCAGGAGUUCACAGAUGAUUUUGAGUACUUGGAGACGGGGCUGAAGAGCAGUCAGCCACUCAACACAAGAUGCCUUAGUAUAAUCAGCCUGGCAACACGGUGUGCCAUGCCCAGUUUCAGGAUGCACCUGCGAGCAAGAGGGAAAGUGGCGCAGGUCUUCAAAAUGCUCAGUGAUGCUCCACAACACCCAAACCUUGCGCUUUGCACGGCAGCCCUGAUGUACAUUCUGAGCAGAGACCGUCUUAAUAUGGAUUUGGAUAGGGCCUGCUUGGAGCUCAUGAUCAAGUUGCUAGAGCUAGACCAGGACUACUCUGCCCACCAGGAUCAGCUCACUGCGAAGGAGGUGGAAAAGGUCAAAGAGAAGAUCAGGAAGCUGUGUGAGACGGUGCACAACAAACACCUCGACCUGGAGAACAUCACGACUGGCCACCUAGCCAUGGAGACACUGCUUUCUUUAACCUCUAAGAGAGCAGGGGAUUGGUUCAAAGAAGAACUGAGGUUGCUGGGAGGUUUGGACCACAUUGUAGACAAAGUUAAAGAGUGUGUGCAGAACCUGAGCCAAGAGGACGACAAGGAGAAUCUAGUGGCGGCUUUAUGGGGGGCUGAGAGGUGCCUGAGAGUGCUUGAAAGUGUGACAGUGCAGAACCCAGAAAACCAGGGUUACUUGAUCGCCUACAAGGACUCACAACUCAUCGUCUCCUCUGCCAGGGCUUUACGGUACUGCGAGGAUAUGAUCCAGCGGUACAGCAGGGCAUUAAACAACAGCUCUCUGUCAGUGUCGGGUUCGGCAUUACCCCACUGCAGCUUCAGCAACGUGGGCAAGGCAGUAGAGGACUGCAUGAGGGCUGUUAUUGGCGUGCUUCUAAACCUCACUCAUGAUAAUGAGUGGGGGAGCACAAAAACUGGCGAGCAGGAACAGCUAAUAGUAACAGCUUUGAACUGUGUCCUUCGAGUCCCACGUUACCUCCCACAGGAGCAGCGCUUCGAUGUCCGAGUACUGGGUCUCGGGCUGCUAAUUAACCUUGUGGAAUACAGCUCCAGGAACCGCCACUGUCUGGUGGACAUGGAGUUCAGCGUUGACGACGCUUGCUUGGAAGACAGCCUUAUGCAGCCGGCUGACUCGACACAAGCAGACACAGCAGCAGCACCUCCAAGCACAGCAGAGACUCAGGGAGAUGUGACUGACGAGCCUAAAUCCACCGGUGCUUUGGCUGCUCUGGUGAAGCUCUUCCUAGAGAGGGAACGUGCUGCUAUCCUGGCUGAAGCGAAGACUGACGACCUGAUCAGCGAGGCGCCUAAGCCAGCGUUGGACCAAAGUGGCGAGUGGCAGGAGACGUCAGGAGAGAUCCAGUGGGUGGCAGCCGAAACUAAAGACGGCCAAACUGAGAAUAAAGAGAGCGAGAAGAAAGAGGAGGAGGAUGAAGAGUUGGACCUCAAUAAAGCUCUGCAGCAUGCAGGCAAGCAUAUGGAGGACAGUAUUGUUGCCUCCUACACUGCGCUGCUGCUGGGCUGCCUCUGCCAGGGCAGCCAGAUAAAUGUGACUACUGUGAGAGAGCAUCUACCUAAAGGGGAUUUCUCCAUCAUGACAGAAAUGCUGAAGAAGUUCUUGAGUUUCAUGAACCUCACUUGUGCCAUGGGCACCACAGGACAGAAGUCUAUCUCGCGGGUCAUCGACUACCUGGAGCACUGUUAAGAGGCAGCCAGACAGCCGACACACACUCUGCACAUUAAAGGGAUCCCAGGCUACUCUGAAGUCCGAGCCCCCUGACUGACAGGAGGUCAUCAGAGGCUGAGCAGCAUUCCCAUAGCUUCACCAGAUCACCCAACGCUGUGAUCACUCUGGAUUCUCACCAAUAGAGGCAUCUUUCACUCUCUGGAGCACAGCCUGAACCAAAGCCCUGCUCACACACGGAUAUGCAGAUUCCAAUCAACUCUCGCCACAUUCAGAGUCAGAUCAAGAUUCAUCCUCAGGUAACUGGGAAAUCAAGCUAAACUAAAAUAAUUUGCGGAAUGCCAGAUAUGAUGAUGAAUUCGAGGUCUUCCUGAAGGUUUGAUGCUAACAAGAAACUGAGACAGAGUCCGGCCUCACUCACUUGGCAAGAGAGCGAACCUCUUGAAUCAGAUUUUACGGAUCAUUACAUUUUAAUAUCUGAUCAUCCACACUAAAACCAAGGGUGAAAUCAUCGAUUAGUAUAAAAACAAUCAUCUUCAUGGAUGAUAGAAUGACAUCUCUAUGUUGUGUGGAAUGAUUUUGAAUGCUUACAUAUGUUAGCAGUCAGCUUGAAUGUUAAGGGAAAGAGAGUAUUUUUUAAGCUUUUUGUUGUAAUAUUUUUACUGUGCCCAUUGAUUAAGAGUUUGCAAGUCGCAUAGGCGGCUUCUUGUGUCUUUAGUGUUUUUUUUUCCUUUAAAUUUCUUUUAAAUCAAUCAUGAAUUAUUUGUAAAUGAAUUGGGACAUGCAAAAUUGACUAGGUGUCUAUUAUCUGACUGAUAAUGACAUUUUAAAGAUGCUAGGAUAAAUUGUGAAUUUCCUUUUUAUCUGUAAUGAAUUUGGUCAUACUUUAGUUUAAUUAUUUAAAUUUGUGAAUAAAAUUCCAGUAAAUCUCACAGGUAUAAGAGAUGUGAUGAAUUACUUCAGAAUAAUAGUUGUGCUUCCUUUUGAAUUGUUUUUUUUUUUUUUUAAAUAUGUAUUUAAUUUAAUGCUUUCUUCUCCUUUUGUUAAUGAAAAGUAUGUAGCCAGUUUCUUGUCAUGUUUUAUCAAACUGUACCCCAUGUGAUGCAGCUCAGUGGCUGGAUACAAAACAUGUAUUUGACUGAAUUAUUUUGACUUCAACCCAUGCUAAUUUUGAUCAUAACUCAAAAAUCUGUGGUGAUAUUGGAGAUUUCCUUUGGUGUCUGUUUUUCCAGCCACAUGUAGCGUCACAUUUUUCCUCCGUGGUUUCAUAAUGUGUCUGUAUUGGACAUCGUACAUUAAGCUCCCAUUAAUUUAUUCUUUUUUUGUGUCAAUUUACCUGUACUGAUGCCUCCGCCUUGUACUGCUCACGAUCACUGAUUUGAACGACAGCCAUACCUGUAUAAGCAGAUGAUUAGUCUGAUCUAGUUUUUGUAGGGCUGCAGUGAAACAUGACUGCAACUGUGUUUACUGUUAAUUACUUUGCAAAAUUUCUGCUCUGAAUGGUAUUUUAGAAUGUAAAUACUCCUGUACAUAGCAGUUAAUGGACAUUUAAGACAAAUGCUUAGACUACUUUUCUCCCUGAAGCUGAUAUUUUUAUUUUAUACAAUAUUUCUGAGUUGUCAUUUGAUGAAAAAUUGCAGGAAGAGUGAAAAAAAAAAUGUUUGUACCCGUUUCAAGGACAUUGUCUUUGGUUACAUGUAAAUAGUUGUAUCUGAAAAAGAAAAAAAAAGUUGCUACUUU